AUGCCUGUUACCAGCAGUGGCGCCGUGAACUCGGCCUCCCAAAACGCCCAGGGAGAGGCCGGACCUACCAUGUCAACGACCAGUAAGCCUCCGCGCAUGCGAACGGCCUGUACAGAGUGCCACGCUGCUAAGGUUCGCUGCAGCGUUGGUCGCACAUCAAAAAGGAGGAAUGACGGCAGCGAUAUUGGCGCAGGGCGGCAAAGAAGGUCGCCCUCUGUAACAGGAGCUUUGGGCAGUGGCCGGGCUCUGGGGUCUCCAACACCCACUUCAGCUAGCAGCACCACAGUCACCAGCACCAGUACCACCAUCCAUGCGCUCGUCCCCGACACGUCUGAGGCAGAGUCAACGCGGUCCAUGAGCCCCAUCAGUUACUUCGUAUCGACUGAUAAAUCAGACUACAAUGCUCCGCCGAUCGACUUCUCCGACGAAACCUUUGGCUGGAACUGGGAGUUACCCGACAAUACCAACCAACCAUUGCCCGAGGAACCGGGUUCAGCAACACUCCUAGAUGGGCGGGCAGAAAAGUCGCACUCUUCAUCCUCGGGCGACUCGACGAUCGUGAUAGAACCAAGUCUACCACACUCCCUAUUCCGCGGCGAGAGCGAUGAGGGUAGAGAACGGAUGGCUCAACUCUUAUCUCUUUGCCGGAUGACAUACGGCCUCGAAACGCAUCUACAAUCCAGAAUGGGAACCCUCGACGAAAUCAUGAAACUCAACAAAGCCUGCCUCGCCGAGGUCGUCAAACUGACCAGCGGGAAGCAAAAGGGCCAAGUGUGUAGAUGCUCGUUCAUUAUGAUCGCCACUUGCCUCGACAUCAUGCUCGUCCUAUUCGAGGACGUCGUCCGGUCGUCAGGUCUUGAUCCGCGCGGCGGUGGGCCACGCUCCGACACUCGAAUGCCGAGUCUGCAAUUCGGCGUGUUCGAGCUAGAUCCGCAGGAGCAGCUGGUCAUAACGAGGAGGAUCCCGGCAAGGGAGCUACAGAAAUACCGAGAUGUUGUCCGGGCUCUGGCUGCCGAGUUCCAAGACCCGUCGGCUGAUUUCUUCCGGAAGUUGAUGGGGCAGUGGUGCAUGUCGCUUACGAGCCGGCUUGGGCAGCUGCGGGUGAUAGAUGUAGAAAAAUCAGGGGAGUCGACGGUAGUGGUGGGCACUUCUUACAGUCAAGCACUUUUCAUAUAG